GCGAGGUGGUUAAGACUACACAAGUAUAUCGCACAAUAUUGUUAUCAAAACGCUUUAGCAAUUACGGAAGCCUAGCGACAGCCACUAUUUUUAUAAAUCUUAGCAGGUGUUUUAGUGACAAUCAAGUUGCUGUUGGCUAGAUGUCCCACAUACCAUGGAUGGUGAUGACGACAUACCCUCACUGUCUGCAGAGACAUUUGCAGCUCUCCAAGAGUUCUAUGCGGAACAACAAAAACGGCAGGCAAUACUCAACAAGCUGGAAGCUGAUAAUAAAUUGAAAGAAAACAUUUUAUUUGAUGAAAACUGGCAACUGAGCCAGUUCUGGUAUGAUGAGGCGACGGUGCAGUCUCUGGUGAAGGUGGUGGACAGGUCUGUGGGAGAGGGGGGCAGGGUGGCACUUGUCUCCUGUCCCACCCUUUUUGUACCUGUUAAGAGACAGAUUGGAGAUAGAGCUACAGUUACUCUGCUGGAGUACGACCGUCGCUUCGAAGUGCACGCUCCCGACUUCGUAUUUUACGACUACAACACUCCAGACAAGUUGCCUCCCGAAACCCUCGGCUCUUACGACCUGGUGGUAGCCGACCCUCCCUUCUUAUCUGAAGAGUGCAUCUCCAAGACUGCGCAGACCAUCAAACUAUUAGCAAACAAUAAAAUAGUAGUGUGUACCGGAGCUGUCAUGAAAGAUAUGGUGCACCAACUCUUGGGCUUGAAUCUGUGCGAGUUUCAGCCUCAUCAUAGAAAUAACUUGGCUAAUGAGUUUUCGUGUUACGCUAAUUUUAAUUUAGACGAGAUUCUGAGAUGAUCGUGAGCGCAAUUUUGAUGACUAAAUUAAUCAAUUUUAAGUUCUACAUCCCAUUUCAAUUAAUUCUUGAAUUUUAUAUGUAAUUUAAAUUAUAUGAAAGUAUGUAGGUAACAAUCUUACUAGAGAGUUUUUUUUGCACAAUACAAAUAGACAUCUGGGCAUUUAUUAAUAUAAAUAUUACUUGUUAUGUAAUUUAUGUGGAUAGAAAGCAUAAUGUAUAUAUUGUAUUGUAAGAUUUUAUUAAAUAAGUUACGAAAAGACUUGAAAUAUAAAACGUUUAAUAUAA